CGUCACAGAGUACGAGCGCACAUCUGCGGACCGGGAGCGCACAGCAGAGGGGAAGAUACGACACUUCAAUCUGCUCUUUAAAUCGUCUCUCAUUUGCAAAGUCGCUCUCUUGGACUCUGAAGUGGAGCAGUUAAUUUUUUUUUUACUAACUGAAAGCUGCCACAUGCGCGUGCAGUGCAACACAGUGCUCCCUCGUGCGCUUUUGCCUCUUCAGAUGGGUUGACCGAAAGAGCAGCACCGGUACCGGGUGGUCGGUGCAAACUUUAGGGGCUGGUCCAAACUUUUAGCCCGGAAUGAUCGUUUGCAACGUGAGCCUGAGCUGUGUGCACUGUACCGGGGGAGGUGGAGCUGGCGGCACGGCAGCGACGGCAGCAGCAGCAGCGGCGGAUGCGUACGAGCAGGUGCCCGGGUCUCUGCCUCCUCAGACCCUGAGCCCGAGAGGGCACCUGGUGGUGGCGGUGUGCCUCGGCUUCAUCGGCACCUUUGGCUUCCUCACUAACUUCCUCGUGCUCACGCUUUUCUGCCGGUACCGGGCACUGCGCACGCCCAUGAACCUCCUGCUAGUGAGCAUCUCUGUGAGCGACCUGCUGGUCAGCGUGCUGGGCACCCCGUUCAGCUUCGCGGCCAGCACCCAGGGGCGGUGGCUGAUCGGACGCGCUGGGUGCGUUUGGUACGGGUUCGUGAACGCAUGUUUGGGCAUCGUCUCCCUGAUCUCCCUCGCCGUUCUGUCCUAUGAGCGUUACUGCACCAUGAUGGCGACCACCAUAGCCGAUGGCCGAAACUUCCGCCCGGCGCUAGGAGGAAUCUGCUUCUCGUGGAUGUACUCGGUGGUCUGGACUGUACCUCCGCUGCUGGGCUGGAGCAGAUAUGGGCCCGAGGGUCCCGGCACAACCUGUUCGGUGGACUGGAGGACCCAGACGGCAAACAAUAUCUCCUACAUCAUCUGCCUGUUCACCUUUUGCCUGGUCCUGCCGUUCUGCGUCAUCCUGUACUCCUAUGGCAGGCUGCUGCGCGCCAUCAGACAGGUCCGCAGUGUGAGUUCGGUGGUGACCCGGCGCAGAGAGCAGCGGGUGCUGCUGAUGGUCAUCACCAUGGUGGUGUGCUACCUGGUCUGCUGGCUUCCCUACGGCGUGGCAGCCCUGCUUGCAACCUUUGGCCACAGUGAAAUUCUGACCCCAGAAGCGACCAUCACGCCAUCUCUUCUGGCCAAGUUCUCCACGGUCAUCAACCCUUUCAUCUACAUUUUCAUGAACAAGCAGUUCUACAGGUGUUUCAGGGCAUUCCUUAAAUGCUCCACCCCUGAGCGAGGCUCCACCUUAAAGACUUUUUCACGGGCGACAAAGACGCUCCGCACCUUCCGCCAGGAGAAGGAACCACCCGUGUGCGCUCCCGUGCCCUCCUCCCGUCCCGCACCGAACUCCUCACAGCUCGCCAGUCAGGGGGCUCCAUCUCCAUCGAUUCACAACUCCACUGCGUCCCCCCCGCCUGCUGCUGCUGCUGCUGCUGCUGCUGCUGCUAACAAACCCAAACCCAAACUCGUUCUGGUGGCUUACUACAGGGAAUAAAGUCAGAGAAAACAACAACAGCGAUGGGAGGUGAACGUUUACAGAAAAGAGAAGGAGCUACGAGUCGGGGUGCAGCUCUCCAAUUAAGAAGCAAAUCCUCUUAAUAGUAGAAAAGAGCAAGCGCAAAGUGAGCUCAGUGGGAAUCUUAAAUACAAGCAGGGACGUUUUAAUCCCAGAGCAGGUUAUCAUUGCUCUGUGAAGUUGGCAAACAGGGAUUCACACAAAAUGCCAGUCUGAUCCUGCUUACCAGAGGCUCUGUAUACAAAGCAGGGGACUAGGGCUAAGCAAAGUGCUUCAUGUUAAGUCUACAGACUUCUUAGGAGACAAAAAAUCCACAUAAAUAGGUCGAGGUAUCUUUGUUACGUCACUAAAUCGUGUUCUUUCCUAUUCAGAGGAAUCAUUCAGGAACAUUUUGGAGAAGCACAGCGUUCUUUGGCGGAGAUUUCAUAAACUGUUUGAUGGUUUUGGGGUUGGAUUGAGUGUGUAGCUACUAGCAGGAUUAUUCUUUCUCUUUGUGACAAUAAUUUGGUUGAAGAAGCGGGUAAGGAUUUUUCAAUGACCCCAUUUCCAUGCCUGAUAUUUGAGGAUUUAAUACAGACUAUUAAAGAUUUGUUUAACAAUUUUAUGCAAUUAAGAACGGAGAAGGUUUCUAUUUUAUGCCUUUAUUUACACUCUGCUGCAUACAGACUCUCUGUCUUCAGUGCUGGGAUCCUUUAAAGGGACAUUUCAUCAUGUUAUGAGGGACAUGUAAAGAUUUCACUGUUUUAGGUUGUCUUGAUGUUUCUCUUUGCAAAGUGGAAACGUGGUUUUGUGUUGUCUCUUGAUGUUUUUUCCUUUGCUUAUGUAACAUAAAUGAAAUCAUGUCACCAA